GCCGCCAAUUUCGCAAAAGCCCGUAUAUGCCGUGCAGCAAAUGGCUAACGCCUCUCUGCGAGUUCUACCGACUGGUUGAAAGGAAAUUGUAUGUUAAAUAGAAUCCUAGCCACUGUCCCUAAAAUUAAUUAAGCAAGUAGAAAUAUCCUGCCCUGUGUGUGGUGGUGGUGGUGGUACAGAUUAAACAAGAACAGUUUCUCAACGAAUCACGAAGCCUUGAAGUUGAAGUCUGCCUGCCCGAGUUCGCCCUGAAGACACGUAAAACGGUGUCACGCUCAUCUCCGGCGACUGACUCGCUGCAUGUCAUCCGCAGUCACAAUGGCUCAUUUAUCGCAAUGAGCCAUUAAUCAUAUCAUGCCUUAUAAAUUGGUUUCUCUCAAUUGCUUCCCGCUGACGGGUGGCGUCGUUGCGCGUUGAAGCGCCGGCGGAAAUGAAGGCAUUUCCGCUUUCCAAUCUCCAAUACUCGAGCAAUUUUAGCGCCGUUACUGUGCUGUUGGGGCAGGUUGUUAAUGAGCGUUGGAUCGAUUUUAAUUAAAACUAACAUCGAUUCUCUGCUGCAAAUAACAUCCCUGGCAUUCGAGGAGGCGGUGGUGUUCGAUCCUCUCUUACCUAUAUCGAUUCCCAAUCUCUUCACACGCUGCCAUUCUAAACCGGAUAUGCGAUGGCCCGAUUCUCGCACUUCGCUCGUCGGAUUAGGAUACUCGGUCAUACGAGGCUGGUCGCUGGUGCUGUACGGGACGAGCAUUCCACCAGAUCCGAACGAUCCACCGAAUGUCUCGAGACCGUACUCAACGCCUCCGCCCGCACUGCCACCGAUCCUGCCGGCCGCCGGCUUCAACAGCUACACGGUCAGCGGAGGAUCAAAGAAUUACUACUCUUCCUCGUCGUCGUCGUCGUCGUCGUCCACAUCUGCCUCGUCCUCGUCCGGUGGUUCUGCGUCCUCGGCAGGUUCGAAACCGAACCGCAAACAGCAACAACUACAGUACCAGACUCAGUACCAUCAGACCGGAGGAGGCUCAUCGGUUUCCGUUCAAUACGGAAUGACUCCGGCCUACGGCUCCACAGGCACUGGCAGUAGUAGUAGUUCCAACAGCAACCGUGGCAACAAGGGCAAAAACAACAAAAAUAAGUCAAAUAAGAACUCGUCGAAAACCACAACCGCACGGCCCUUGUCGGUCGCCGGGAACCAACAGACCACGGUAAACAUGUACCUCAACAAUUAUGGUGGCUCUGGCUCGGGAAGCUCGAACGGCGGUGGUGGCCGAAAAAAUUCCUCCACAAAACAAAAGCCACUGCCACCGCUGCAAACUAUUAAUUAUGGCAAAGGGGACAAAUACCACGCGGCGACCUCGAACAUACAGGAUAAGCAGGUCGCUAUCAAGGCCCCGAAGCAGGUCAAACAAAAUGGUUUCCAAAGCGCACCCUCCAAAUCGUCGCCCUCGUCCUCGUCCGCCCCAUCCUCCACGUCUUCGUCGUCCGCGACAUCUUCCGGCGGAUCAUCGUCGUCGGUACGUAAAACCACAACCACCACCGCAACAACGGCUGCCGGUGGCACCGGCACAUCAACAACGUUGUCUUCCCAGCAAGGCGCGACGCUGGGCGGUGGGAGUGUACCUUUCCUCUGGAGUGGCGGCAGGAGCAUCGACGGUCUCGCUGAGUGGUACCACAGUAACCGCAAGCCCAACAUACAACGACCGCUACCCAGCCGCAUCCUCCAUCAACGCACGCAUACCGAAGGUCUUUCAGCAGUACGACAAAAUACAGCAAUUCUAUCCCGAGCUGCAGCCCUACUCGUCCAUCCGUGACGAACACGAUCUGCACAUGCCACUGCUGACCUCAUCCUCGUCCGGGAUGGGAUCAGCCGUGGGUCAGCAGGUGGUACCGCCAGUCGUGAAGCUUAACCCCGGGACAAGCGGUUCAAGUUCCGGCGGCGCACCCGGCAAUAACUUCCAGUUCCAACCAUCGUCCACCGGCAAAGGAGCGAUGACUUCCGGGUCCAAACUGCCAGCACCACCGGGAAUUAUGCUAGGCUCUGGUGCGGGGAGUUCGUCGUUGACUGCGGGCGGCGGAGGAGCUUCCACGCUCGGCAAACCUUCGCGUGCCAAGAUCUUUUUCCCCGACUCGGACAUUAUCGAUGCGAUACCGCGCAAAAUAUCGUCCAGCCUGCAGCCGAUUCCACCGUCCUACGUGUCCUCGCCGUACUACAGUCGCACGCAGAGCUCCUUCAUUUCGUCUUCCAACGACCAGAAGCACGGAAAGGGUACUUAUACGACAGAUCCUUGUGUCCUUGUGCUUGCAAUAUCUUUUUUUUUUGUUUGGUUCAUUGGCUUGUAAUUUCGUAGUGAAUUAGUUUAGGUUGAAGUCAAUGUCUUUUUUUUUUUGUUCCCUUUUGUUUGAUGAGCUGAGAGUGAACUUUUGAAUGGGAACUCCAUAAUCGCCGCUCCUGUUUCGCUAUCCCUUAUCAUUUGAUCGUUUGUCUCCCGUGUACUCCCGUCAGAUAAAUAAUGAAUUCCAAUUUGCGCAACUCCCUGGAGAUGGGUAUGCAAAACCGUCAUAACAGCCGCUCUAAAUGGAGUGAGAACUCCUCCCGUCUUCUGGCACAUAAUCUACCCGCGAAUAGUUUUUUUUUCCCUUCUUACAACCAAGCAAAUAUGUUGAGCUGCUGAUAUCAAACAUUGAUUUAUCGACAGCUUGGCGGUUCUGCUAACCGCUGGGAAAUAAAUCUACCCCCGCUCGGGCGCACGCCCAGGUGAACAACGGGUAUUGUUUUCCAGUAAGAGGGCGCAUAAAGCCGCCGCCGAAAAUGAAUGUCCUCUCGCUCGGUUCGUUCGUUCGUUCGCUCGUUCGUUUGCUGGUGAUAACAUUAAGCCACCCGAGGGGAAACGAUAAACUUUUUGACGGUUUCUCAUCUACUGUUCCGAAAACCGUUGGGAAAUUUAUUCAGCCACGUCAUCGCGAGCUAGCUUAGCUGACUGGGACGACGACUGGGAGUCCGCGUUAGCCAUCAAGCCGUUUGGGCUUCCGUGGUUGCCCCGCCAACAGGUAAACAGGAUCGUACCACAAGCAGUCGAGUAGCGCCACACGAGGAUAACACAAUGGAUGUAAACCACGAUCUUCUCCUGUGUUACUACAACUUGCUGCCGACUAACUCUUGGCGAAACGAAUCUCUUUUACUUCAAGACUUCCAGGGUGUGUGUGUGUGUGUGUGUGGUUGUUCGGUGACUGCAUCUCCUGGGAUAAACUGGGAAACUUUCGUGCCAAAUCGUAGCAACUAGAAGCACAUGGUCGGGUUGGUUGGUCGAUCGGUCGGGUUUGUUGGUUGGAUGCGAAACUUUUCAGCAGCACUGACUCAAAACAACUCAUCGUGUUCGGGGAGAGAGAGAAACUUUUUUCCUGCCGGCACUCGGUCGGUGUUGAGGCAACCUCCCAGAUGACACCCGACACAGACGCGCAUCGUCGAGCAUGGAUAAACAUCCGGUGCUGUUGUAGCCGACACACGGAACCUUGAACAGAAAGUGCAAUCCUCAAGCAGCGGUAGUAUCACUUGAAAUCUCUUUAAAGAUUGCGUUUUUACCUGACCGGGCGCUGAGCACUAAAUACUGCACCAGUAAAAUCCCAAAUCCAAACAACCUCGCCCUUUGCCUCGGCUAUCUCCAAUGUUCGCAACGGCUCCGGCCUAGCGCUUGUCCAAUAAAUUUCACCCUAAAAGACGAAGACCACGUGCUUGAAGGUGAUAACUCGUGCCGGUUGGUUGGUUCCUGGUAGAACACUUUCAUUGCUCUCAAAACUGUACGAUAAAGUUUUUCCCUCCAGCUCCCCACCGAUACACCGAGACACAGCCCCAACCCCCAUGGAGGAGUUUGUCACCCUGGUGCAAGAUCGUGUCGCCAACCAUACACACGCAACACUGCUUGCCACACACCGUACGGACGACGGCAUUCCUGUACGGUUCUGUAGUACCGUACGGACAUAAGUCGUUGUCAUUGGUGUGAUUUCUUGCCAGGGCAAAGAUUUCGCAUAUUUUCACAAGACAUUAACUAAAUUAACUAAUUAUGGUGUGCUUAGAAGAUACUUUCCAACCACUCUGUGCUAUUGCGUGUUUUGGGGACUCGGGCCUUCUUUUUUCUCUUGCUCUACAUCACCAAACGGUAUUACACCUGUCCCGCGUUUGGUCGUAAAUUUGAAAACUUUCCCUUAUAGUGUCAAGCCGUUGGAGGAAGCUCACAGGUGUGUGUUCUUGCAGCAUUUCUUCAGCAAUAUAGAAGGAUUUUUUUGGGGAUGAUAAAAGAAAGAGUCUCUGCCGAGUUCAUUUGAUUGUACCGGAGAUAGAUUAUCGCUUAAAGUUUUAAUUGGAUCAACGAAGUUAAAUAGUUUUUCGAUCGUCGAGAUAUCUCACCUUUUGGUGGUUUGUUUUACAGUUGGUAAACGGAAAAUGGUGGCAAUUGGGUAUAAUAGCCGCCAGUCGUAUUAAUAUCUCCAAAAACUACUAGACUGCUUUAGGUUCUACUCGUCUCUUUGCUAGUUCUCCUCUCAAAGGAACGAUUCCGCAAACCAGUAAGAAAGAAUUAAACUAAAGUGGUCUUCAAUCAAAUCAAUUUUGUAGUAGUUUUACAAUUAUUUUUUAAUGUCAUUCGUUUUUAUACCUGUUUUACCCAUAUUUUCUUAAUUUAUUCGAUAUUGUUUUAGAAAGUUGUGUAGUUUUUUAUGAUUUGUACCAACUUAGAAAGUGUUAUGGAAUACUUUAUUAAUGGCACACCAUUUCCUACAUG